UAAGUUGAAGCCAGAAGAUGCUCACGUUUGGCUCCCCCUCAAUUAUCCCCUCCCGUGAAGAUAGGUGGCGUGCGUUUCAGGGGGCUUCUCCGUGCGCACGGCAAAAGAAAAGGAGGUGGAAAGAAAAAAAAAAAGAAAAAAAAUGUCAUUAGAAGAGGCGGAACACGUCAGUCCCGACCCAGGUUUGUUUCCUGGAGUGGGUGUAAGACAUCAGUUGUAAACCUGCCCGAGCAGGACGCGCGCAGCCCUCCCUCCCUCCCUCGACCGUAGCAAGGCUUUUUUUUUUUAUUUCUAAGGCUUUUAUUAUCACCGCUGGAGCGGCUCUCCGGUGUCGUCGGACCGGCGCUGUUGGCAGCAGGUACCCAGAUCAAGGGUUUCGGGUCCAUGCGAGUCGCCGUCUGAGCCCGCACGCACACUUCUCGAUGAGGCAGGAGAUGAUGGCGGAGGGGCCCCGGUGCAAGCGGCGAAAACAGGCCAACCCCAGGCGGAAAAACGCUCUCAACUACGAGAAUGUGGUGGAAACCGGCUCAGAGACGGAGGAGGAGGACAAACUGCAGGUGUCGGAGGAGGACCCGCUGAUCAAUGGCGCCGGUAGCCCGGCCAGCCUGGUCAACGCCGAGUCGUCGCCACGCGCCGAGAGCCACAGGCUGCCUGCCAAGGAGGAGGAGGACGACGAGAUGCGGGACAGCGGCGUGGAGCACAUCUGGCCUGACAGUGACAUGUUGAGCGCCUCGGUGGAUGGUACCGGUGAGCUUUCAGUCACAGAACUUCCCUUAUCUGACUGCCACGUCCUUUAUGUGCACAUGCUGCUGCUGCUCGCCGUGUCGUCUUAUACUGUAAACCCCCCCGCCCCCCCAUCUGGUGCCAGACACCAACUGUUGAACCAAGCGGCUGGCAACCGCAAGUUCAAAUGCACCGAGUGUGGCAAAGCCUUCAAGUACAAGCACCACCUUAAGGAACACCUCCGCAUCCACAGUGGUGAAAAACCGUAUGAAUGCCCCAACUGCAAAAAGCGUUUCUCGCACUCUGGAUCCUACAGUUCGCACAUCAGCAGCAAAAAGUGCAUUGGCCUGAUCGCUGUCAACGGCAGGAUGCGUGGCAACAUGAAGACCGGCUCCUACCCCACCUCGGCAUCCUCCUCCCCCACAAACACUGCCAUCACUCAGCUACGGCAAAAGCUGGAGAACGGCAAACCGCUAGGCCUCUCUGACAACAACAACCACAUGAGCAUCAAAACAGAGCCAGUCGACUUCAAUGACUACAAGCUGAUGAUGGCCACACAUGGAUUUGGUGCUCACGGGCCUUUCAUGAACGGUGGUGUCAGGGGGGACAGUCCCAUGGGAGUUCACCACAAUUCGACAACCCAAAGCACACUGCAGCACUUAGGGAUGCCUGGGCUAGAGUCACAGCUCUUCGGCUACCCGGGUUCACUGGUAAACAACCUGAGUGAGGUGCAGAAAGUCCUACAGAUAGUAGACAACACUGUGUGCCGGCAGAAAAUGGACUGCAAGCCAGAAGAACUGUCAAGGCUCACGGCCUACAUGAAAGAACUUGGCUCGCAGGUGGAGGAGCAAAAACAGGGCCUGAUGUCGCCAGGCGGGCCUCAGGUCAGUCUUCCACUAGUCAAUCACAAUGGCGCCACCAAAAGCAUCAUCGACUACACGCUAGAGAAGGUCAACGAAGCCAAAGCCUGUCUCCAGAGCUUGACCACUGACUCAAAGAGACAGAUUAGCAAUAUUAAACGGGAAAAAUCCAAUCACAUGUUGGAAGGUGGUGCGGAGGACAAGGCGACAGAGAACAACAUGUUCACACCGUACACAUGUCAGUUUUGCAAAGAAACUUUCCCGGGGCCAAUCCCGCUCCAUCAACACGAGCGCUAUUUGUGCAAAAUGAAUGAGGAGAUCAAAGCUGUGCUCCAGCCCACUGAGAACCUGAUGGCCAACAAGCCAGGAAUAUUCAUGGAAAAGAACGCUCUUCUGACUUCCUCCAUCUUGACUGAGAAGGGAUUGGCGGGACCCCUUCACCCCUACAGGGACCACAUGUCUGUGCUGAAGGCGUAUUUUGCCAUGAAUAUGGAGCCCAACUCCGAGGAGCUGCUCAAGAUCUCUAUCGCAGUUGGCCUUCCUCAGGAAUUUGUGAAAGAAUGGUUUCAACAGCGUAAGAUGUUCCAAUAUGGCAGCUCCAGAACUCCACCGCUGGAGCACAAGAACAGCAUGGAAAUGGUUGUCGGAACAAGUAACCACCACAGUCCCCCCAAAGACCACCUGGCAUCUCGAUCGCCCGUGUCGCUAAUCAAACCAGGCGACUGCCUCACGUCCCCGACCGUGGCUGAGCUCCAUAACAACUGUGACAACUCCCUCAGACAUUUAAAAAACCACCAUUUUGGCAGAGCCAAAGCCGCGGGUGACAAGUUGGACCAUUCCCGCAGCAACACCCCAUCGCCACUAAACCUUUCGUCCACAUCCUCAAAACAUUCGCACAGUAGUUCAUACACCCCCAACAGCCUGGCGUCCGAGGACCUGCAGGCCGAGCCGCUCGACCUUUCUCUUCCGCGACUCAUCAACGAACCUAAGCAUGCACUGACCGUGAAGAGCCGACCCAAAGUAAACAGCAUUAAUGUCGAGCCUAGCAGUGUCCCCUCGCCACGCGAGCACUUCGAGGAGCCCCUCAACCUAGCCUACAUCAAGAAUGAAUUUUCUGCCUCUCCCAACAAUGGACUCAUGGACAAAAGCACUAGCCCCCUUUUUGGCAUUAACCCCUUUGCCGCUAAACCGAUGUACACGUCACUUCCACCUCAGAGCGCUUUUCCGCCUGCCACGUUCAUGCCGCCAAUGCAGGCCAGCAUUCCGGGACUCAGGCCCUACCCUGGCAUGGAUCAGAUGGGUUUCCUACCACACAUGGCCUACACGUACGCAGCCGGCGCCGCUACCUUUGCCGAGAUGCAGCAGCGGAGAAAAUACCAGCGGAAACCAGGUUUCCAGGGCGACCUGCUCGACGCCACAGCCGACUACAUGUCAGGGCUGGACGACAUGACAGACCCCGACUCCUGUCUGUCGCGGAAGAAGAUUAAGAAGACUGAAAGUGGUAUGUACGCGUGUGACUUGUGCGACAAAACAUUCCAGAAGAGCAGUUCCCUUCUCAGACACAAAUAUGAACACACAGGUAAGCGGCCGCACCAGUGUCAGAUCUGCAAGAAGGCCUUCAAACACAAGCACCAUCUCAUCGAGCACUCGCGCCUGCACUCGGGCGAGAAGCCCUACCAGUGCGACAAGUGCGGCAAGCGGUUCUCCCACUCGGGCUCGUACUCGCAACACAUGAACCACCGCUACUCGUACUGCAAGCGCGAGGCGGAGGAGCGCGAGGCGGCCGAGAGGGAGGCCCGCGAGAAGGGCCACCUGGAGCCCACCGAGCUGCUGAUGAGCCGGGCCUACUUGCAGGGCAUCACACCUCAGGGCUACCCCGAGCUGGCGGAGCGAGACGCCAUCAUGCGGCACGAGGGCGUGAACGGCGGCAUGGCGGAGGGACGGAAGGAAGUGGAAGAAGCGUACGCCAAGAUGGAGGAGUUUGAGGAGGAGGAGAGCAAAAGCAUGGACACGGACCCGGACACGUUGAGGGACGAGGAGGACAACGGGGAGCACUCGAUGGACGACAGCUCGCUGGAUGGCAAAACGGAAACCAAAUCGGAUCACGAGGACACGACGGAGGACGCCAUGUAGUUUUUUUUUUGACGUCUCCUCCGGUUCGGUAUUCAUCACCCGCUCGGUUUUUAAAACGUGACGUUUAUUUUUGAACCGCACGUGCACGUGCCUGAAGCUUCCGGGAAGCUUCCACUUCGCCCGAUCCAUGAGGCGGGCGGCGGGCGGUGGCGGGCGGCGGCGGGCGGCGGGGG